AUGCACCGUCCGUACCGGUACGGGCUUACUAUCUUAGCCGCCCAGCCUAGUAAUCUCGGGGUAUAUCUAAGUGCAGGUGCUUUAGAUGAAGGAUCCCCAGCUGAGGCGCGCGCGGUGCGUAUCCUGCAGCCAAAAGGUCAAAAUCACAAAAAGAUGGACAAGUUCCGCGUCGUCAGCGCUGCCCCCCAUUCAAUCGAACCCGCCGAGCUGUGGCGUUUUGUGGCAGAAGUUCCCCGUUUCAACCGCGAGGAGCAAGGGUAA